GAUAGUUAACAUAACCUAUGUCUUUAGAAAAUAAAAUUUUCUCAAAGUUGCUUAAUCUUCUUUCCAGAAUAAGAAAUGUUAAAAAGGAAUAUAAUGGGAAGCCUGGAAAAAUACAAGCAUUGCGAGGUAUAUGUUUUGACAUAUAUGAAGGGCAGGUCACUGCAAUUCUGGGGCACAGUGGAGCGGGUAAAUCAACGCUGCUGAACAUUCUGAGCGGCUUGUCUGUUUCUACAGAAGGAUCGGCCACUAUUUAUAACACCAAGCUCUCCCAAAGUGCCAAUAUGGAAGACAUCAGAAAGAACCUUGGAUUUUGUCCACAAUUCAAUAUCCAAUUUGACUUUCUCACUGUGAGAGAAAACCUCAGGCUAUUUGCCAAAAUAAAAGGAAUUCAGCCAAAGGAAGUGGAACAAGAGGUAAAGAGAAUUAUAAUGGAAUUGGACAUUCAAAACAUUCAAAAUGUCUUUGCUAAAGAAUUAAGUGGUGGACAGAAGAGAAAGCUGACAUUUGGGAUAACCCUGUUAGGAGACCCGCAGGUUUUGCUAUUAGAUGAACCAACUGCUGGCUUGGAUCCCCUUUCAAGGCACCGAGUGUGGACCCUGGUGAAGGAGCGAAAAGCAGACCGCGUGAUCCUCUUCAGUACCCAGUUCAUGGAUGAGGCCGACAUCCUGGCCGACAGGAAAGCGUUUCUGUCUAAUGGGCAGUUGAAAUGUGCAGGAUCGUCAUUGUUUCUGAAGCAAAAAUGGGGCAUUGGAUAUCAUUUAAGUUUACACAGGAAUGAAACGUGUGACCCACAGAGAAUCACUUCCCUCGUCAAACAACACAUCCCAGAAGCCAAGUUGAGAGCCGAGAGUGAAGAGAAACUUGUGUAUACUUUGCCCCUGGGAAACACAGACAAGUUUCCAGACCUUUACAAUGACCUUGAUAAGUGUUCUGGCCAGGGCAUAACGAGUUAUGGUGUUUCCAUGACAACUCUGAAUGAAGUAUUCUUAAAUCUAGAAGGAAUAUCAACAAUUGAUGAACCAGACUUCGGCAUUUGGAAACAAGAAGCAAUCGAUGUGGCAAGAGAUCCUGAAAAUGCAUCUGAAAUACAGCAGGGUCCGUGUUCGUUUCCUGAAAUGCGAAAAGCCAUCAGUGGUGGAACGCUCUGGAGAAGGCAGGUCUGUGCUGUGGCCAAGCUUCGUCUCUUAAAGUUACGGCACAGCAAGAGAGUUCUUUUGUCCUUGUUACUGUUAUUUUGUAUGGGGUUCAUCCCUAUCAUAUUGGAAAACAUAGUGUAUAAAAUAUAUGAACCAAAUCAAUUUUGGGAAUAUUUACCCAGUAAGUAUUUCCUUUCUCUGGAACAACUUCCACAGGCUCCACUUACCAGCCUAUUGAUCAUCAAUGACACAGGAUCAAACAUCGAAGACUUAGUGAAUUCCAUCGAGCAUCAGAACAUAACUUUGGAAGUAGAUGACUUUAGAAACAGAAAUGGCUCAGACGAUCCUUCAUACAAUGGAGCCAUCAUCGUGUCUGGUGAUGAGAAGGAUUACAAAUUCUCAGUUGCGUGUCACACCAAGAGAUUAAAUUGUUUUCCUGUUCUGAUGGGAAUUGUUAGCAAUGCCCUUCUUGGAAUUUUUAACUCUACCGGGCAUAUCGAAACAAAGGGAAGAUCAUUUAUUCAUGAUGACUUAAGGAUUGGAAUUGGUCUUCUGAAUUGGUCCAUACUAUUGAUGUUCUUUGCAAAUGGCAUGUCUCCUAACAUUGGCAUGAGCAGCAUCAGUGAUUACAAAAAAAAGACCCACUUCCUCUUGAGGGUUUCAGGACUCUACCCUUCGGCCUACUGGUGCGGACAGGCUCUGGUGGACAUCCCAUUGUACUACGUGAUUCUCCUUUCCGCAUUUUUAAUUCAAUAUUUCAUGGUUGCCGACUUCAUCAUUUUAAAUAAAUACAUGAUCGCCGCGGUGGUGUGCUUAUUUGGCUGUGCAGCUUCUAUUAUACUCUUCACAUAUGUGGUUUCCUUCAUUUUUCACAAGGGGAGAGAAAAUACUGGCCUUUGGUCUUUGGUCUUUUUUAUUAUUUCAAUAAUGACAUUCUUCAUAAUGGUAUACGAUGGGUUUAGAAUGACCACCAUAAUUUUAUGUAUGAUUUUCAUACCUCUCAGCACUUCACUUGGAUUUAUUGUGUAUUUGAUACUGCUCUAUACCCACCAUGAAGGUGAGGGCAAUGAAAAUUAUGAAGCUGUGAAAACCAUGGUCGCAACCGUCUUAAUUGCAUUCCUUCAGAGUCUCCUUUUCCUCCUUCUUCUAAGAUGUCUGGAAAUGAAAUAUGGAAGUGAAACAAGGAGGAAAGAUCCCGUUUUCAGAAUCUCUCCAAGAACCAGGGAUCCUCAGCCAAAUCCAGAAGCACCCGAAGACGAGGAUGAAGAUGUGCAGGCUGAAAGGGUGAACACGGCAAAUGCACUCACUGCUCCAAAUGUGGAUGAGAAACCCGUCAUAAUGGCAAGCUGUUUACACAAAGAAUAUAAAAGGAAGAAGAAAAGCUGCUUCUCAACCAGAACGAAGAAAAUCGCCAUUAGAAAUGUUUCCUUCUGUGUUAAAAAAGGUGAAAUUUUGGGGUUGCUGGGACACAAUGGAGCUGGUAAAAGUACUUCCAUCAAAGUGAUCAUGGGCGACACAAAGCCAACGGCAGGCGUGGUGGUUUUACAAGGCAACCCCCCAUCAGCGAGGCCACAAGCAGACAGCAUUAGGUUCCUGGCAUACUGUCCUCAGGAGAACACCCUCUGGCCCAGCUUAACGAUGCAAGAUCACCUGGAGCUGUUUGCAGCGGUGAAAGGACAAGACAAAGAGGAAGCUGCUCUUAGUAUUUCUAGAUUGGUGAACAUGUUCAAGCUGCAGGACCAGCUGAAGGUGCCCGUGAAGACCUUAUCCGAGGGGAUCAAGAGGAAGCUGUGCUUCGUGCUGAGCGUGCUGGGGGGCCCGGCGGUGGUGCUGCUAGACGAGCCGUCCACGGGGAUGGACCCCGAAGGGCAGCAGCAGAUGUGGCAGGCGAUCCAGAGCACAGUCAGAAACAAGGAGCGGGGCGUCCUCCUGUCCACCCACUACAUGGCUGAGGCCGAGGCCGUGUGCGACCGUGUGGCCAUCAUGGUGUCCGGGAGGCUCAGGUGUAUUGGUUCCAUCCAACAUCUAAAGAGCAAGUUUGGGAAGGAUUACUUACUAGAAAUCAAACUGAAAGAACCCACUGAAGCCAAGUCUCUCCACAUGGAGAUUCUGAAGCUUUUCCCGCAGGCUGCUCGGCAGGAAAGGUACUCCUCUCUGAUGGCAUACAAGUUGCCCGUGGAUGAUGUGCACCCUCUGUCUCAGGCCUUUUUCAAAUUAGAGGCCGUGAAGCAGACCUUUGACCUGGAAGAAUACAGCCUCUCUCAGGCUACCUUGGAACAGGUGUUCUUAGAACUGUCUAAGGAGCAAGAGCUUGGGAAUUUUGAUGAUGAAAUUGAUGCAUCGGUGAAAUGGAAACUCCUUCCACAGGAAGAGCCUUAAGAUCCUCAACCUCCAAACCUCGGCUUUUAGGUCCAACUGCGUUAUUAGUCUCCACAACUCUAGAAGACGCUGCCAUCUACUUCAGCUCACAGGAGACUUCAGCUCACGCCACGGGGGGAAACCCCACAGAGUGCAGAUUCAAUAAGCAUGAAAGGUUUUAGAAAAUAUUUAACUGCCAUUUCAAAGAGAGAGGAUCAGGAAAAGUGGAAAAAGAUGCUAGACAGAAUAAACAAAAGCAAGCAUUAUAUUAUCAUGGAAAUAGGACUAGUUAUUAAUGAUAAUUAAUGAUUUGAAAGAUCUCAUCACAUGAGCCUAGUUUCAAGAUUUUUAUCAACAUAACUAAAAGCUGAGUAUGUUUUACAAAUAAAAUGGUCUGAGUUUAUUUUUUUAACAUGAGUUUAAAUAUACCAGCUAUUUUUUAAUCAUUUACUUAAACACUAGUUUAAUGGGCCACUGAUUACAAGAUAUAACAAACUGACAGAUAAGAUAGUAUAGUAUUGCUUUUUAGUAUAUUGAAAUACUCUGACAAGUAUAUGGUGCUCUUAGAAUAUUUAGAAAUUUUAUAUAUAUUCCCCCUAUUUUUAAAGAAGAAGAUCAUCAUAGUCUGUAAUUUUUAAAAUAUUUUAUGUAUUGAUGUUGGAUGUAUUUUUAUGAUCACUUUUCCAAAGCUGAUGCCUCUUGGCAUAGCAAUCAUCUAUAUGUUUUUACUGCACUGUGUAGGAACAUUUCAUAUAUUAUUAUAAUACUGGUGUGUCA